CCACGCCUAUCACAAAAGGGAGGGCGGUGGAAUCCGUGAACGGGCCAAUGGGAAGAAGGAGGCGGAGUCCUGUCACGUUGAACAGGGAAUGUGUGUUGUGUGUGAACGAAGAUGAGGAGUCAGUAAGGAGUCGGACACUGAGGGAGGCAAUAGCUUUCUCUUACUGGCCCUUCAUAGCGCGGUUACAGGUGCAUUAUUUGCUCGUUGAGGUAGUUCCACAGCCGCUGCUCUGCUUUAACAUACAAGUCCGGAUUAUUUGCUCUUUUAUAUCGGCUGAGUCGGACUGUGGGGGAGCGUGCGCGAGAUAUGGAGGCCUCCAGCAUUCUCAUUCUCAGCCGCCACCAUGGGCUCUGGCAGACAGGCAGAUACUGUUAACGUGAUCUCCGCAGAAUAUUGCAAUUUAAGGAUCACAUGCCAGACAGCGUCACAAAUGUGGUGGUUUCCAGUGAUUCUUACAUUUUCCAUAUUUCACUGUAAAAGAUUAUUAUACAUUUCAAAAGUAUCUGUGCAGACCUGAACAGAGUCUGUCUAAAUUACUGUGGUUACUUCUUGAGCACAAGGAACAGACUGUUCAUCAGCUAAGCAGCGCGCACACUUUGUAGCACUUCGUCACAACCAUGAGUGUUGAGCCUCAAAUCUUGAUCCAUAACGAGGACUGGUCCUCCGUCACAAGGACCGAAAGUGAAAAACCUCUAGAAAAAAUAUUUGACUGUGAAACUUUGGAGGAUCAAAACUGCCAGCAUCAUGAGGACAUUGAGAUGCACUCAAAUGGCUCCAAUGGAAAUGACUCAAGCGGUAAUGACUGCAAUGGGCACGAGUCCAGUGGGACAGAUUCACAUGGUACUGAGCCCAGUAGAAGAGCAAACUGUGCUUUUAGAAGACCAAGCAAAUCCACGGGAAGCAGCAACAACAGCGAACAAAUGGAAAGGACACAGUCUCACAAGGAAUUAAUGACCAUGGUGCAGGAAAUGAAGAGAAGGCUGCCACAUGAAAAAUGUAAUCGUAACAAGCCCAGCACUGUUGAUGCCCUCAACUAUGCCUUGAAAUGCGUUCGACAAGUUCAAGCAAACAGUUCAUUUUUCCAGGUCCUCGGUGAUAGUGGAACAUGUCGAAUGAAUGCAGCAGUUCAUACAAUUGAGGACUUGGAGACAAUAACAUCUGAACACCCACCAAAGAACACAGAUACCUUCGUAAUAGUUUUUUCAUUAAACUCUGGGAAAAUGGUGUACAUCUCUGAACAAGCCUCUUACAUCCUGAAUUGUAAGAAGAAGCUGCUGGACUCCUCUAGAUUUGUGGAACUCCUGGCCCCUCAGGAUGUCAAUGUAUUCUACAAGCACACAACUCAGUCGCAUCUGCUACCCUGGAACAUAGGAGCAGAGCCAGCUUCUCUCUAUGAAUACUCUCAAGUGAAAUCAUUUUUCUGCAGAAUAAGAGGAGGAAAGGAUCGGGAGCAUGCCAUCCGGUAUAAUCCAUACAGAAUGACCCCAUAUUCUGUCAAGGUGCGCAGUGCUGAUAAUGCUGAGCCAGAGCCAUGCUGCCUUGCCUUGGUAGAAAAGAUCCACUCCGGAUAUGAAGCUCCCAGGAUCCCUCUGGACAAAAGAAUAUUUACAACUACUCAUACACCGGGCUGUGUUUUUCUUGAAGCUGAUGAUAGAGCUGUACAUUUAUUGGGCUACUUGCCACAAGACUUGGUUGGAACUUCUGUCCUGAUGUAUUUGCACCCAGAGGAUCGUCCUUUAAUGCUAGCGAUGCAUAAAAAAAUUUUGAAGUAUGCUGGACAGCCUCCAUUUGAACACUCUCCUAUCAGGUUUUGUACUCAAAAUGGAGACUAUAUAACACUGGAUACUAGCUGGUCAAGCUUUGUCAAUCCAUGGAGUAGAAAGGUGGCAUUUAUCAUUGGUCGACAUAAAGUUAGAACAAUACCACUCAAUGAAGAUGUUUUUGCUGCUCCGUGCAGAGAAACUCUUAGCAUUAAUAAGGAGAUAAAAGAAUUGCAAGGCCAGAUUUACAAGGUCCUUUUGCAGCCUGUUCAUAAUAAUGGAUCCAGUGGUUAUGGAAGCUUAGGAAGCAAUGGCUCUUACGAACAUCACAUAAGCAUAUCGUCAUCCAGUGAUUCAAAUGGAAACUGUGUGGACGAAACACAGAAAGAACCGAUGACAUUAAAACAAGUCUGUACGGACAUUAAUCGUAUUAAAAAUAUUGGUCAGCAAGUGUAUAUUGACACAAGAAGCAAGCCACGGCCCACGAAAAGGGAUCCCCCGGAGAAAGACCUACACAGAGCAAAGCCAAAUACAUUUAUAAAGCCACAACAAGAAAAUACAACAAUAGAUGGGCAAGCAGCAUCCAUUUGUGAUACAUCAAGGAAGGGGCAAAACAUACCAUCGUACCAUCAAAUCAACUGUGUGGACAGUAUCCUUAGGUAUCUGAGGAGCUACAACAUCCCAGCACUGAAGAGGAAAUGUAAAUCUUCUAUAAACACAUCAUCAUCUUCUUCUUCUUCUUCUUCUUCUGAAGAUGACAAGCAGGGUCUGCAAGGGCCAAUCAAGCUGGAGGUUUUGAAAGAUGUUCCUGAAUUAACAGCGCCCAUCGACACAAGCCAGUUAUCGGCCGAAUCAAUGGUGACGACAGAUGCCCAGACAACAGCAGCUGUGGUUGGAGCUCCUUUGACGGAUUUGACAAUUUCCAUCAAGGCAAUGAGUGUGGUCUCUGUCACCAGUCAAUGUAGCUACAGCAGUACCACUGUUCACGUUCCACAGCCUGAGUCAGAAUUUACUGCCAUAGAAGGCGCUGCAGGUGGGAGUGAGCAAAUUGAAAUUAAGUUGUCGCAAGCACCUGGUUCCGCUGUAGCUCCUGAGGAAUUUAAGCAGAUUGGUUUAACAAAGGAAGUGUUAUCCGCACACACACAGAAAGAAGAGCAGGAUUAUGUUGAUAGAUUUCGGCAAAGGAUUCUUCUGUCUCCGUAUAGCAGUUACCUCCAACAAGACAGCAGAAGCAAAGACUGCUCACAUGAGCAAGGUGAACAUUCUUCACAACCGACUGCUCCUGCUGCUUGGAAAAAAGGAAAGAAACAAGGAAAACGCAAGCGUCAGAAACCCAUGGAAUCCUCAGACAGUAAUGGUUCUCAUCCAAAUUUGCCGCCCCGGCCAAGGUCAGGGCUACUUCCACAGUCUUGGCCACCAUCUGAAGUAUCUCAUCCAAGUCCCCCAAGUAUGGGCUUUCCCCCUCCAAUGAUGAUUCCUAUACAGACAGCUUAUCCUAUGCCUGGCUUUCCUCUACCACAGAUGCCUCCAGUAACUGGCAACAAUGUAGCUUCUUCCAUAUCUAGUCCACAGCAAUCAAAUAUGUCUUAUAAUUUGCCUGCCUUUCCGGGAUUUGCUUCUCCAUAUAUGGGAACAUUCAUGGCAGUCCUUCUCCCAAAUUACAAUAUGUGUCCGCAAAUGAACCCACAGACACCUGCACCUUUUUUGCCCACUCCUUUUCCUUGUUCACCUUCAUAUCCAUAUUCUGGAAUGCCCAGUGCUCCACAAAGCAAGCCUUCUCAGGUACCCACAGACUUUGUUGACCUGACCUCUCGAGCGUCCUCUCCUAUGUCAGAUGUUCAAAGUGAAGAUUCACAAAUGUAUAGCAAUUCAAGAAGCAGCUCUCCGCUUCAGCUUGUUCUUCUUCAAGAAGAGUUACCCAAGCCUAUGGAGCAAGAAGAGGGAACCAAUAAGGAGAACCAUGUGAAUAUAAAAUGUGCAGCAGAGGAUAGUCGGAACAAUGACAGCCACUCUACUUCUAGUGAACUUUUUGACCUUUUACUACAAGAAGACUCCCAAUCUGGCACUGGAUCUGCAGCUUCUGGAAGUGUAUCAGCAAUUUCCAGUUCUUUAAGAUCUGGUUCCAAUGGCUCUACCUCAAACGGGACCUCUGGAAGUGGUAUAGGGAGUAGCAACAGCAGCAAAUAUUUUGCCAGCAAGUCCUCUGAUACCUCCAAGAAGUGCCAUAAACGUCAGGAUGUUGUGGAUGCUGAUCAUUUCUGUAAAGCUCCUAGGGACUCUAUUUGGACUAUGAUUGAGCGCACACCCACACCUAUUAUGAUGACCUAUCAGAUGCCUAAAAGGGAUAAAGAAACUUUACUGAAAGAGGACUUGGAAAAAUUGACAGCCAUGCGGCACAAGCAGCCUUUGUUCACCGAAGAACAGAAGGAAGAACUUGCUGAAGUGCAUUCUUGGAUUCGCAAUCGAACAAUUCCACAAGAAAUUGAUACUCAAGGAUGUGUCAUGUGUGUGAAAAGCUCCACCAAGGAGGAUAAAAAACAUUUACAGUUGAAAGAUGGCAACCCAGGAAAGGACACGGCCAAUACCAUUGAACAGCUGCGGAGUCCUACUACCAGCCCGUGUGUUUUGGAAGACACCACAAACUUAAAAACAUGACUUUCAUGUAAAACACUUUUGCUAUGAAUUUGUUCCACAAACUAUUUAUGGUUUUUUUUUUUUUUUUUUUUUCUUUGUACAAAUCAAGGCAGAAACCUCGUCUCUUCGGAUACCUUUGCAGGAAAUUACUUUUUUUUUUCUUGCUGUUUUUUAAAGAGACACUUUGUGCCAAGACUUAAAAUCGGUUUCCUGAAGGAUUAUUUUCCUGGAUAAACAUUUGUUUCGUCUGCCAGCGGGAUACCUGGAGAGUUCUUUGGCAUUUGUCUAACACUUUCUCUUGAACAUGAGGAUGUUUUUCCCAGUUCCUUAACAUCCAGCAUCUUUUCUUACGCACAUUACUGUUUUAUCCACCUAUAAAUAUGACCAAUGUGAAGUAAAAAUAGAAAUGAGUUGUUUAAAUAAAACUCUUUUUUU